GAGAAGAGUUUAAGCUGGUCUACAGGUUUCCAGGGAUUAAGUACUGCAGGUUGCUGUCCCGGCUGAAGCUAUUACAGACUGCCACCACCCUGGCCAUGCUGCCUCCCACCUGCUACCUCUACCUGCAAGACCAGGUUUCUCAGAAGGUCUUCUUGUAUACGACUGGCAUCGCGGUCUUUGCUGGUGCAAUGUUGUACAGUAUGAGCUACUUUUUCAGACGAAUUAUUGGAUUAAUCUACUUAAAUGAAAGCGGCCGUACUGUCAAAGUGGCCCAUUUGACGUUCUGGGGAAGACGGAAUGACAUUUACUGCCCCAUAGAAACAGUGGUGACUUUGGAUGAAGCUGGAGAUAGCAAGGGGGAGCUGCUUCUCCAGUUCAAACGAAGCAAGUUAACUCCUUACACUGCUCUUCUGGCUGUUAUUUCACUUGAAGCAAUGGCAAAUAAACUGACCCUCGCCAAGCAGAACGUGGAAUGUUCUUUCCCUGUUUCUUCCUUGCAUGUACUGAAACCUCUCUCUCAUUGGAGCAGCAGAUGCAGGUAAGUAAAAUUGCCAUUUAAGUGCAUAGGGUAACCUUGACUUACUAUUUAUUCGUGUUGAACUUUUCCUAAUGGAGGCUCCGUGACUUUAAAUUUUGGCUGAUGCUGUGUGGUAGAGCAGUAUCAAAAGGAAAAGAGAAACAUUCCUUGGCUUAAACCCCAUGGCAGCAAAAUACGGUGGACUGUAUGUACACAGCGUGGUUCUUGGAGGCUUAGCUUCAUAAGAAUGUAUUUAAUAUGCACUAAUGAUUCAGUUUAGGUAUGUACUGGAUGUCAAAUAAAAAGCCCUAGAGAAGUUCAAUUAUAAAUAU